AUUCGAUUAUCUUCGAGAAUCAUCUACUCAACAUGAGCGGAAGAGGCAAAACCGGAGGAAAAGCCCGCGCUAAGGCAAAGACUCGCUCCUCCAGAGCAGGGCUUCAGUUCCCCGUCGGUCGUGUACACAGACUCCUCCGCAAGGGGAACUAUGCUCAGCGCGUCGGUGCUGGAGCUCCAGUGUAUCUGGCUGCUGUGCUCGAGUAUCUGACCGCUGAGAUUCUGGAGUUGGCUGGAAACGCCGCCCGGGACAACAAGAAGACCCGUAUCAUCCCCCGACAUUUGCAGCUGGCGGUGCGCAAUGACGAGGAGUUGAACAAGCUUCUGGGCGGAGUGACCAUCGCUCAAGGCGGUGUGCUGCCAAACAUUCAGGCCGUGUUGCUGCCCAAGAAGACCGAGAAGGCCGCCAAGAAGUAAACUGAGAAAAGAUCGCUUCAAAACCAAAGGCUCUUUUAAGAGCCACCCUUUAUGGAUAUCAGUUCUACAAAUGUGGUCAGAGAAGUUUUUAUGAAGUUGCAAACUCCAAUCACCAGCCAAAUCAUCACUGUCUCAGUUCUUUGUUAAAUCUGAGCAGGUGAAUCUGAUGCUGAAA